UGGAUGUACCGGCGGUAGUGUACGCGUACAGGGGUUAGGCCAGUUAGGUUAGGAGGUUUCGAUUUUCGAUGGUCCCACGUCUCACGAAAAAGGCCGGACUGUAGGAUUAUACCUAUACGCGUGGAAACAGUCUGCGAGACAGUUCAUUCGUUCCGUGUACAGUCAACGAGCAGAUUAAUCAAGGGAGAUAAUUAAGAGGAAUCGCGAUGUCGCAGGGAAGAGGAGGUAGGAGAAAUCGCAAGCAUCAUGAUAAGGACAAAAUCAAUCUUGGCGACAAGGGCAAGGAAGUGGUGGAGGACAUAAACGAGAACAGUGUUGUAGUGCAACAAUUCCGCGCCUACGCUGCCGAACUGGACGCCAAGCACGAUCGUUACGAAAGGAUAUUCAAGAUCAAUCGGGAUGUGGGCAUCGAGAGCAAAAGAAUCAUCUUUCUCUUGCACACCAUCGACAAGGAGAGCAAACGGAACGCCGUGUUAGACACGGCCAAGGCAAGACUGGAGAACGUAGCACAGAAGUUGUUCCGAAAUAUCGCGAGUGAGUUGGACGGUCAGGACGCCUAUCAGUUCCACAGGGCCUAUCGCGCCGGUCUGGAGGAAUACGUGGAGGCGCUCACAUUCUACGAGUAUCUGCUGAAUGGUGGUAUGCAGGAUUGGACCACCUUGGAAAGGGCACUGGCAUACCCCGCGACCUCAUCUCCAGCCGAUUCGCCGGAGCCGGAGCAAAGUAAUUGCAAGACAAUCCAGGUCAUGGUCACGCCGACGGACUAUAUCCUGGGAAUAGCCGAUCUGACCGGAGAGCUGAUGCGAAAGUGUAUCAAUAAUCUGGCGAUAGGCGACGUGUCCAGUUGCUAUCAAACGUGUAAUUUUGUCAGAAAGAUAUACAUCGCCUUCUUGGGCUACACCAGCGUAGUGCACAACAACGAGGUGAACAAGAAAAUCAUCACGCUCAAGCACAGUCUGACCAAAAUGGAGAAUGCGUGUUACACCAUCAAAGUCCGGGGAUCCGAGAUACCAAAGCAUAUGUUGGCUGAUAUGGCCAUUGCAGCGGCUGAGGAAUACGCCACCGAGGACGAUGAGGGAUAUCAGGCGUUUUAAUAUAUACGAGAGCGCGGAUUACUUUAAUAUUUAUUAAUUAUUGUGGACUUAUCAACCUGAUGCGGAAUAAAAGCAGCAUUUUAUAUAGCUGACUAUAUAAUCGGAAAUUUAAAUGUUAAAGAAACUUGGUUUUCUAGUGCCGAUUAUUCGAUUAUUUGAAACUGUUAAUUUUACGAAGAUUACAUAAAAAAUUCUAUGGCAUACAAUUAUCUUACCUUGGACAUUAUUUAAACGUUUAGAAUAAGUGUUUUAUAUUUUCAAUACGCAUCAGAUUAAUAUAUUCGUAUUUCCCGACAUGUAAAAGGGCAACGUCGGUUGUGAUAUAUUAUUAACGUUUUUAUAUAUAUCUCUCCAAGUAAAAUGGAUAUACAAAUACAAUAUUUCAAGACCAUGUACAAAAAUAAAUAUUCCAUAACAAAAUA